AUGGAGCUCAGUGUCCUCCUCCUCCUUGCUCUCCUCACAGGACUGGUGAUUCUCCUGGCCAGGGGCCACCCAAAGGCACGUGGCCACCUUCCUCCAGGCCCCCGUCCCCUGCCCGUCUUCGGGAACCUUCUGCAGAUGGACAGAGGAGGCCUACUCAAAUCCUUCCAGAGGCUCCGAGACAAAUACGGGGAUGUCUUCACCGUGUACCUGGGGUCUAGGCCUGUGGUCAUACUAUGGGGGACAGAGGCCAUCCGGGAGGCCCUCGUGGACCAAGCUGAGGCCUUUUCUGGCCGGGCGCAAAUCGCUGUUAUUGAUCAAGUCUUUCAAGGAUAUGGUGUGGUGUUUGCCAACGGGGAACGUUGGAAGGCUCUCCGGCGAUUUUCUCUGGCCACCAUGAGGGACUUCGGGAUGGGCAAGCGGAGUGUGGAGGAGCGGAUUCAGGAGGAGGCACAGUAUCUGGUGGAGGAGCUUCGGAAAUCCCAAGGAGCCCUCCAGGACCCCACUUUCAUCUUCCACUCCAUCACUUCCAACAUCAUCUGCUCCAUUGUCUUUGGAAAACGCUUUGCCUACAGAGACCCCGAUUUUCUGAGGCUUCUGGACAUGUUCUACCAGUCCUUUGCACUCAUCAGCUCCUUCUCCAGCCAGGUGUUUGAGCUCUACUCUGGCUUCUUGAAGUACUUUCCUGGCGCACACAGGCAAAUCUACAGAAACCUGCAGGAAGUCAAAGACUUCAUUGGCCACAGCGUGGAGAAGCACAGGGAGACCCUGGACCCCAAUGCCCCCCGGGACUUCAUUGAUACCUACCUGCUCCGCAUGGACAAAGAGAAGUCUCAACCAAACAGCGAGUUCCACCACCAGAACCUCCUCAACACCGCGCUCUCUCUCUUCUUUGCGGGCACGGAGACCACCAGCACCACUCUCCGCUAUGGAUUCCUGCUAAUGCUCAAAUAUCCCCACAUCACAGAGAAAGUCCACAAGGAGAUUGAUCAAGUGAUUGGCUCACAUCGCCCUCCAGCCCUUGAUGACCGGGUCAAAAUGCCAUACACUGAAGCAGUCAUCCACGAGAUUCAGAGAUUCGGAGACCUGAUCCCUAUUGGUGUGCCUCACAAGGUCAUCAAAGACACUAACUUCCGAGGGUACAUCAUCCCAAAGAACACUGAAGUAUAUCCCAUCCUGCACUCUGCUCUCUUUGACUCACGUUACUUUGACACACCAGACACCUUCAACCCUAACCACUUUCUGGAUGCCAAUGGGGCACUUACGAAGAAUGAAGCUUUUAUGCCCUUCUCUGUAGGGAAGCGCAUUUGUCUUGGCGAAGGUAUUGCCCGUGCGGAAUUAUUCCUCUUCUUCACCACCAUCCUCCAGAAUUUCUCCGUGGCCAGUCCCGUGGCCCCUGAGGACAUUGACCUCACACCCCGGGAGUGUGGAGUGGGCAAGCUGCCCCCAAUAUACCAGAUCCAAUUCCUGUCCCGCUGA